UUGGAAAUAUAUUCCUUGCUAUUUCAGAAAUAAUAGGCCAGAAGGAAGGCAUACUAGAGCUAGUUAAGUGUAUAGAAUCUGCAUGCAAAGCAAGAAAAUUAGAUAGUAAGCAGGAAGUUUGCAUUUCAAAUAAGAUAGAAUCAAUUAUUAGGUCUUUAUCACUGAAUAAGAAUGUAAAAGUAGAGUGCAGCCAGAUGAAACUUGGGACAAGAUCAAAUGGAAAGGUAGAUAUUUUCUCUAAAAUUAGUAUCACUUAUAUUUUUUAUGAAGGAAAGAGUGGAAUUUCUUUGGAUAUAAAACAUGGGCAUGCUACCAUUACGCUUCUUCAAUCUUUAAAUACUAGCUCUGCACAUAUUAAAGAAGAGUAUGAAAAAGUAAAAAAAACUUACAGUGAUGUAGACUGCUAUAUAGGAUACAUUGCGGUUCAAUAUGUUAGUGCAGAGCUAGAUGCUUUAAGCUCUAACAGUUAUAGUCUCAGUAAAAAACUUGAAAAAAUCGUAGUCUCAAUUAUACAUGAAGAAUCCAAAGAUAUAUCUAAAAUAUUCUUAUUAGGAAAGAUUUCUAUCUUUGAUAUUAAAAAUACUAUUAUAAAGAAAUUUAUAAUUUGUACCCUAGAUAAGGAAGUAGGCCCCAAAAACCCUCUAACCCGAAUUACUGCAAACAUUUUAGGAAGUGUUCCACUCAAUGAUUAUGGAUCAAGAUUUUCAAUGAUGGUGUUCUUUCCAUUUCAUGCAAGCUGGCAGAAACUCUAUCCAAGGCUUGGAUUUAAGCCAUCAGAGCCUAUCCCAAAAGAAGAUCGUAUUUGGAUUCGCCUAUCAGAAAUAGAAACAUAUUUAUACAAUACUCUAAAGCUUCUUUCAGCGACUGCUAUAUCAAAAGCUACAUGCAGCUAUAUUAGAGCAACUAUGCAUAACCCAAGAAUGAUCGAUUCAAGAGUAAAAUUUAUAACCAGACUGCUUCUAAGUUAUCGCGUCAUGCUUAUCCUGAGGAUAGAUAACUUAGUGGAAAUUCAAUCCAUUAUCAAAGAAUCUGCAAAAGCCUACAAUUUAAACUACGUGUAUAUUAUCUGGUUUAUCCAUGCAUGCUCGGAUGAUUAUAAGUUCUCAUUAGAGUCUAUUAAGACAGUUUACGACUUUAUACUCUUUGAUAGUUAUCCAAACCCAUUUAAGUUUAAAAAAAGAAUGUCAGGACCCACGAAAUAUUUUGAAAAAUCUCUAAGCACUUUAAAAGAAAAUAAAACACUUUUCUGCUCGGAGGAUGACAGAAAAAGUAUAGAAAAGUAUGAUGCUGUGUUAGCAUACUUCUUGGAAUACUGUUGGUGGCUCAAGAAACCCAAACCUAAAUCCUCAGCCUGCUGCAGUAUAAGUUGA